CUCCUCCUCUUCCACAUCUGUCGCGCGCAAAUUGCUGAAGUUUUCACUAGGCUCGCGCCUCUUUCCUUGCAUCCGCCACCAUCGCCAAGAGCACACGCAGAUGGUUUCUGCAAGUGCAGCCCCUGCGCGAGAGACCAAGAGGCGACCGAGCAGGAGGACGGCCGAGUCUGAGCGCAAAGAGAGGGAGAAGGCCAGAGCUUACAGGUCCGAUGAAGGUGAUGUUCAGAGCAGGCGAAAGAAGAGGAGGCUGGAAGAGCUGGAGCGUGGUACGCGGUCGGGCUUGGACACGUCGAGCAUCGUAUUGCCAAGCAACAGCACAUACACUGGCACUCUAGCGGGCAUCUUGGCAGGCAGAGCCGAUGCCAGAAAUCUUUCGGAUGAGGAGCUCGAUCUCGAUUUUGAUGGGCGCGCUGCUGGGUCCGAGUUGCACUCGAGGAGCAAUGCGACGGGAAGCAGCGCUGCUGGAAAGACAAGCAGGGCGUCGAGCACCAAGACAGGCAAGCACAAGCUGAGCGCAGAGCUUCAAGCGCUGCUCAGUACUCGCAAGGGCUUCGAGACAAGACGAGAGGAGGCGUCUCAACACCCAUCUUGGGUCGCAUCCACUGCCAACUACGAUACGGCUGUUGCUCCGCCCUCGCGCUAUCCCCCCUCCAGAUCCGUUCCGCCCUUGUGCUCAGUGUGCGGCUAUUGGGGUCACCAGAGGUGCAAGAGGUGCGACGAGAGGUUGUGUAGUCUGAGCUGCACCAGCACACACGACGAAGCUAGGUGCGAACGACCCGUGUGAUGAUACCACCUUGCAGCUUUGCUGUGGCCAUUGGAUCGGCGCGAUCAUAGAAAGCUACCUUACCGUUCCCUGAACUCUACUGUGUUGCGGUUCAUCGCCGAUCCGUCGCUAGUAUCUUCAGCAUAUACCAUUCGUAAUGUCACUCAAGUCACGCGACCUUUCAGAUAGG